AUGUUUCUUUUAUUUUGCGGGGUGGGCACCUCUGGAGAUUUUUGACAACCUGGUGCGCACCGUGUGAGUAGUGUUUGUAUGUGUCACCGGACGGACAGGAAAAGAGAGUAUGUCCUGAGAUCAUCGCUUUGCAGCAAGGUGAAGACCAAAUAUUUGUGCGUCGUCUCUUCGUCACCAACCCCCCUCAGAACUCCCACAGACCCCCCCGGGACCGGCCAGCACCAACACCCAACACGUUAUAUCCCUUCGCCGGACUGUGAUGGACGAUGAAUUUUUAUAAUAACUUGUAUCAAGUUUUGCGUGCAAGGCUUUCCGUCACUGGGCAUGAGGACGAUGGUACUGGCUCUUCGCCGCUGGACCGCACUACGGAGCACAGGGAUCCCACAUCGGAGCCGAGAGUAGUUUUCAUAAACCGAGUACAGCCGCCAAUCACCAAGUUCGUUAACAAUCGAAUAUCCACUGCGAAAUAUAGCAUUUUGAGAUUUGCACCGUUGUUCCUCUUCGAGCAGUUCCGACGAUGGGCCAACGUUUUCUUCUUGAUGAUAGCGCUCCUCCAGCAGAUCCCAGAUGUAUCGCCGACUGGACGCUACACGACCCUGGUCCCUCUUAUAUUCAUCCUUUCCGUUUCCGCAAUCAAGGAAAUUAUAGAGGACAUAAAGCGGCACAGGGCUGACGAUGAGACUAAUCACCGAGAGGUGUACGUGCUGCGAUCGGACGCGUGGAAAAAGGUUAAGUGGAUGCACGUUGGCGUCGGAGACAUCGUGAAAGUGUUGAACAAUAACUUCUUCCCGGCGGAUCUGGUGCUGAUUUCCUCCAGCGAACCGCAGGGAAUGAGUUUCAUCGAGACGGCGAACCUAGACGGCGAAACUAACUUGAAGAUCAGACAAGCGCUGCCGUCGACUGCAACCCUCACCUCUAUUCAGCCAUUGACGAAGCUCAUUGGAUCUGUAGAAUGCGAACCACCAAACAGACAUCUUUACGAGUUUACCGGAGUUCUACACGAGCAUGAUCGAACAUCGUUUCCUCUCGGGCCCGACCAGAUUCUUUUGAGAGGUGCCAUGCUUCGGAACACCUCGUGGGUUUUCGGUAUUGUUAUCUACACCGGGCACGAGACUAAGCUUAUGAGGAACUCCACCAAAGCUCCGUUGAAGAGGUCUAGCGUUGAUAAACUUACGAACGUGCAGAUCUUGUUACUUUUCGGUAUUCUUCUGGUUAUGUGUCUCAUCUGCUCUAUCUGCAAUGAGAUAUGGUCAAAUGCGCAUGCAUCCACUGAUUGGUACAUAGCCCUAGAAGCAAUCCCGCAGAACUUUGCGUACAACCUUCUCACCUUCGUAAUCCUCUUCAACAAUCUCAUACCUAUAUCCCUGCAAGUCACGUUAGAAGUGGUCAGAUUUAUUCAGGCGAUUUUCAUAAAUAUGGAUCGUGAGAUGUACUAUCCAGAGACGGACACACCGGCGAUGGCUCGCACUUCUAACUUGAAUGAGGAGCUCGGCCAGGUCAAGUACAUCUUCUCGGACAAAACUGGGACGCUGACGAGGAACGUGAUGGAGUUCAAGAGGUGCGCCGUGGGCAACGAAGUUUACACCCUCUCAGAAUCGCAGGACACAGAGUCUCUUCUCGUCAACGUAAGAAUUAAUAAUUGCUUUGAAUGUUGUAUUCAAGAUAGCCAUUUGCAGCAUAUCCUGAACGAUCACGCGAACGCGGAUCUCCUGCGAGAUCUUCUCAUUCUGCUCUCCGUCUGCCACACUGUCAUUCCCGAGAAGAUGCCCGACGGUAGUAUCGUAUACCACGCCGCAUCGCCUGAUGAGAGAGCUUUGGUUUACGGUGCCAGCAAGUUCGGCUACGUCUUUGAGAGCAGAACUCCGAGUUACGUGGAAAUAAGCGCGUUCGGUAUUAUCGAGAGGUUCGAGAUUUUGCACGUCUUGGAGUUUACGUCGACGAGAAAGAGGAUGUCGGUGAUCGUGCGUGAUCCAUCCGGCAAUCUAAGGCUUCUCUGCAAAGGAGCCGAUACGAUGAUCUACGAGAGGUUGAAUAAUGAUAGCAGUCAGCAUAAGGAGGUGCUUCUGCAGCAUCUCGAGCAAUUUGCCACCGAGGGUCUGCGAACUCUCUGUUGUGCUGUCGCUGAGUUAGAUGAGAGUGAAUACGAGCGUUGGAGAGUUAUCUACCAUAACGCCGCUUGUUCCAUGAUUAAUAGAGAGAAAAAUGUGGAGGCCGCUGAGGAGCUGCUGGAGAAGAACCUAAAGCUUAUUGGAGCCACAGCCAUCGAAGAUAAACUGCAGGAGGGUGUACCGGAGGCCAUUGCGACCCUCCUGAAGGCCGACAUUAACGUGUGGGUCUUGACCGGAGACAAGCAAGAAACGGCGAUCAAUAUCGGCUAUUCCUGCCGUUUAAUUGUUCAGGGAAUGCCACUAAUUAUACUCAACGAGGAUAGCUUAGAUAGCGCGAGGGAAACGAUACUACGGCAUCACUCUGAGCUCGGGGAUGAUCUGGAGAAGCAGAACAACAUUGCGCUGAUCGUGGACGGGAAGACUCUCAAAUACUCAUUGAGCUGCGAUCUGCGGACGGACUUUCUGAAGCUCUGCAUCUCCUGUAAAGUGGUAAUCUGCUGCAGGGUAUCACCGUUGCAGAAAGCCGAGGUUGUCGAGUAUAUAACCAAGUACACGAAGACGGUAACUUUGGCAAUCGGAGACGGUGCGAACGAUGUUGCCAUGAUCCAGAAAGCGCACGUCGGCGUUGGUAUUUCGGGCGUGGAGGGUCUGCAGGCUGCAUGCGCCUCGGAUUACAGUAUAGCCCAGUUUCGGUUUCUGUUGCGAUUACUACUCGUGCACGGCGCUUGGAACUACUCUAGGAUGUGCAAGCUCAUUCUGUAUAGUUUCUACAAAAACAUCUGUCUGUACGUAAUCGAGCUGUGGUUCGCCUACUACUCGGGUUGGUCCGGACAGAUCCUCUUUGAGCGAUGGUCCAUAGGUUUAUAUAAUGUCAUCUUCACUGCCAUGCCGCCGCUUGCCAUGGGGCUUUUCGACAAAGCCUGCAGCGCCGACAUGAUGAUCCUCAAUCCGAAACUGUAUAAACCUUCGCAGAACGGGCAGCUGUUCAACGUCAAGGUGUUCUGGUUAUGGGUCUGCAACGGCCUCUUCCAUUCCGCCAUCCUAUUCUGGCUGCCACUUUUCAUCUGUCAGAACGACAUUAUCUGGGCUUCUGGACAGGGAGGCGGUUACCUGGUCCUCGGCAACAUCGUCUACACAGUAGUUGUGGUGACUGUGUGUAUCAAGGCAGGAAUCGUCACAAAUUCGUGGGUGUGGCCCACCCAUUGCGCCAUUUGGGGUUCAAUCGCUCUGUGGUUUGUUUUUAUUAUAGUUUAUAGCAAUUUUUGGCCCACCUUGCCUAUAGGAAGUGUAAUGGCGGGAAUGUACAUAGCCCUCUUCACAUCAGCGAUAUUUUGGCUCUGUUUCAUUCUAAUCCCAAUUAUGGCGAUCAUCCCAGAUUUUGCAUUCAAAGUGAUUUGGGGUACUGUGAGGAAAUCGUUGACGGAGAAGGCGCGCGAGGAAGAGAUCAAGAACCAAGAUCCGACCGACCUGAGUCGGGAUUCGAAAACAUCUCAACAACUGGAAUCGCCGUCGCGUUUAUCUGAAACUGCACGCCUGUUGAAGAAGGUCCACAAUGUGUUCUCAAGAAGGCCGCACACGCGAGUCGAAAACGUCGAGAUGUCCCAUGGGUUUGCUUUUUCGCAAGAGGAGGGCGGUUCUGUGUCGCAGGCUGAAAUGAUCCGGGCUUACGAUACCAAUAUCCCAAAACCCAAAGGAAUAUAAAACGUAGCCUAAACCAAAAAGAAACUACCCACAAUCCGAAAAAAAUGUAGUAAGUAGCAAGGAAGGAGCAAAAGAAACAGCAUCUUUCAUUAUCGUUUGGCAGCUGUUUUUUGUUAUUAUUUUGUUAAUUUGAUAUCAUUUUACGCCACCGUCGAUCCCGAACGGAAUUACGCUGUUGAUGUCGUUGCUGUUAUCGGUUUCAACAAUGUCAAUUGUUAUUUAUUUCAUAUUGUUUAUCGGUUGCUAUGGUUUUCGCUUUUAUUAAUUACGGUUAGUGAAUAAGAAAUGCACCAACCAUGGGUAUUUGAUGAUUAGUGUAAUUUUAGGUGAAUUUGUUGUAACUAUAAGAUUAACAAGAUAUAUAGAUAACAAAUAAUAUUCUUCUAAAUAUGUAUCCGAUGUGUCAAAGUAACUACAAUCUAUCUAUAUGAAUAUAAAAAUAUAUAUAUAUAUAUAUAUAUAUUCGAAGAAACAUUAUGUGUAUAUAAGAAAUAUAUAUAUAUUUGAAAAAAAAAUAUCUGUAGUCGGACUGUACGGUAUACACACUAUAUACACGGUGCCUUGAAUGUUUAAAUGUUCACACUUUAUGUGAUAAUAAUUAAUAAGUGUUUCCAAGACAACAACAAAAGAAAAUACUAAAUGAAGUAAGGAUCAUUAUUAAAUGAACUAAUUUAUUAUUUAUUGAUUACCGAUUGAUUUCAAAUGUUCGAAACAAAAGCGUGUACUCUUCUAAAUGCAAGAAAGCGGAACGCGCUAAGAGAAAAAAAAACUAAUCUACAUAUAAAUAUAACUAAUAUAUAUACUAUGUCUAUCUAUCUAUAUAUACUCUAUUUGCUUACCGACAAAGUUAAGAAUAAUAAAGAAAAACUAUUUCACUUUAGAAUUAUUUAUAUAUCUAAAAUAUGUUGCGUGAUAUGGCAAGGCUUUCGAAGUCUGUGCACGUUUCGGGGUUACAUGUAAGAAGAAAAUCCCCCACAAGAAGAACGAUACGAAAAUCCCAGAUUAGUAGGAAGGUCGCAGCAGUCUUCCGGGAUCCGAAAACAGAUCUGAUGAUCGAGGAUUUCCUGAAAAAAAUAAAUGAAACUUGAAACAACAUAAAUAUAUUUUUUAGAUGGAUUGAAACGCGAAGAACGAAAGGAUUAAAAAGAAACUGGUCAGGAUCGCAAAUGAGAACUUAUUUUGUAACGACUUUAUUUCGUAUAUAUGAACAAAAAUAAAUAUAUAUAUAUUAUCUAUGUAAAUGAACAAAACUAGUUGGAAUGUGAACGUAAUUUCGGUACGAUCCAUCAUUAUUUUUCUUCUCCGUGUACUAUACUCUACAUACUAAAACUAUAUAUAUACUAUUACUAUAUUAUGUGAAAUAUGAAAAAGAAGGAAAACUAUAUGUGUGAUAGAUUAUAUAAGAUGAGAAUAAAACGAUUGUAAUAUGUGCACCGUGACAGAUUAUAUUAUAUCAUGUACCUCAUUAUAUUUAUUGUAUUGUGUGUAUUAGUGAUGGAGA